AUGGCCGACUUCACUGAAUAUGCAAGACCCAGCGCCGACUGGAUUGCCCUUGAGCCGAGCCUGCCCCAGCUCCCCAACGUCUCGGUUGAAGAGCUGAAGCAGAUGAUCAACAAGGGCCGCGAGGAUAUCGCAGCACAGGGCAUGAGCAAAGGUCUCAGCGAAAAGGUUCAGCUCAAAGAUUAUACCAUAACUGCCCGUGAUGGUUUCAAGCUCGAAGCACGCACCUACCGCCCCGCAGACGUCGACCCCUCCGAGCGUCUCCCCAUCUACAUCCAUCUCCAUGGAGGCGGCUACCUUUUCGGAACCCUCUCGUCCGAAGACGCAAUCUGCUCUCGCAUCGUCAACUCUCGGGCAGAGAAGGGCACGCCGGUUGUCGUGUUUAACAUAAAUUACCGCCACACACCAGAAUACCGCUACCCAACCGCAUGGGAGGACGUCGAAGACGCCUUCGUCUGGGUUCACGAAAACGUUGCCGAGAUCGGCGGCCUGAACGACCAAGUCGUCGUGGGCGGCAUCUCAGCUGGCGCCCAAUUGACUGCUUCACUCGCGCUUGCUCAGCUUCAUGGCAAUGAUAAGCGCCUGGCUGCUUGUCCCAAGAUCAGAGGGCAAGUGUUGAUGAUUCCUUGCGUGGUACAGAGUGAAUACUAUGUCCCGCGGCUAGAUCUACUAAAGAGCCCCGAGCUGUCAAGCUACAAGCAGUGUGCCCAAGCACCUAUCUUGCCCGUUGAUCGAAUCAAUAUGUUUAUGAGUUUACUUGGUGUUGUUGGCGUCAAGGGUGCGGAGAACGACCACCGUAUGAAUCCUGGAAAUGCCACUGCGGAGGAAGUCAAAGCACUGCCGCCUACAACCUUUGGUAUUGCGGGCAAUGAUCCGCUUCGGGACGAGGGUCUUUUCUACGCCAAGUUCCUGAAUGAUAAUGGUGUCCCGACUGAUGUUCACGUCUUCCGAGGUGUACCGCAUGGGUUCAGGCGGUUUGGCGAUAAGCUACCGGGAGCGAGUGAAUACUGGGAUCGGGUCAUGAGUGACGGCAUUGCCUGGGCUUUGUCGAACCCUUCGGUUGGGGCUUUUGAGAUCAAGUCCGAUUGA